AUGAUGCCUUUCAGUGGACUGGACCUUCUCAUUAGCGCAUACGGCAUCUAUCCGCACGAUCUGUCUUCUCUAACGACGAUCCAUCAUAAUAUCGUUGUUUGCGAUAUUGUGCGGGAUGACCCAGGGGGAGCUCGCAACUUGUUUUUCCAGAGAGGAGACGAGGACUCGAGUUACUUCGCGUUUGUCGGACAACGUUACGGCCAGUCUGAAUGUCUAGAUGCUGCCCUUCGUUGCCUCUUCAGCAAAGCCAAGUCUGUUCUCGUUCCAAACAAUACGAUUACGGAGGCUGCCAUCCUUGCUCAAUAUGGAUAUGCACUAUCAAGCCUCCAGGCCGCCCUCUUCAACCGUGACACGCCCCAUUUCUGGAAGCAACAUAUUGCUGGAGCCGCCCGAUUGAUCGAGGCGAAAGGUCCAGAUGCUUUCAAGACUGGAUUUGAGAAGAGUCUGCUUACGGCUCUCUGCUAUCCCCUCAUUUGCGAGAGCUGGGUCAAUGCAGAGCCAUGCUUUCUGGUAGAAGAGUCCUGGCGGGAAGUCUUCGAUUCUAUCUAUGACAGUGAGGAUCCCUUGUCAGAGAGAGGAUAUCUGGCAAAGGAACACUCCAUUGGCAUGGCGAGAAUGCCAACUAUUCAAAGGCGCGCUUUCGGCGCCAUUGCACAAGAUCUGGAUCCCUCCAGUCCCGAUGUCAAGACCCUGGUCGAUGAGCUACGGGACAUGCAUCGACAGUGUCAAAGAUGGCGUGCUGAUUUCGUAAAAUACUUGGCAUCCUACGGAAAGAUGAACAUGGACACAUUCGACACUGGACUAUCCCUUUUCUGCGGUGCCGGUAUUUGGAACGUGCUAAUCACUCUGUUCCUCGCCGUUCUUGAUCCAACAAACCGACAGGCACUGCUCGGAGAGGCGAUAGAGCGCUCGUGGGAAGUGAUACACGGCCACCGAGAGCUCCCACCUAUCCGAGAGCGCAGGUCGCUCUUCAUGGCUCAGAGACAACGCAUAUCUGAGGCGACUGUACUUGCCGCACCGGUCUUGAAGGAGGCUAUAGGCUCGGGCAAGCUGAUCGAGAUGUGGAGAGUCAUGUUCUGGUUCAGGGCGAUGCAGCAGGCUGAGCAAGGUGCCAUUCCUGAAUUUGAACCAGAUAACGAUUCACAAUGGGUUUAG